AUGGCUUAUCUCAACGCCGGCUGCGAUGUAAAUACGAAUAAUACAGCUGAUAUAAUUGACGAUACAAAUAUUGCGGAUGAUUUAUCUAUAGUUCCUUUUGAAAAAGAUACUUUUGCAAUAUGUGAGUUAUGUGGUAGAGUUGGGCGUCGUGGCCAGUUUUACUCUCGCAACAAUAAAUUCUGUUCAUUGAGAUGCCACGCCAGUAAACAAGGCAGACGUCGCCAUUGUAACUGGAGAUUCAUGCUUAUGGAAGGCGCUGAACACAUGGCGGGUCUUAUUCCAUUGGAACCACUUCCUCAACUACAGCAUUGGCAGGCAACAUUUAACGAUUUGCAGGCAGGACCAAUUAAGCAGUCUGCAGCAUUAAUAGCAAAUAGCUAUGAGUGGAAAGAUGAAUUAUUUGGUUGUGAUUUCCUAGCAGCUCCAGUCAGCCUUUUCAAACAUGCUCCCUUACAUGAGAUGUGGGACAACACAUUUGAAGGCAUGAAAGUUGAAGUAAAAAAUACAGACUGUGAUAAUUAUUCAGAGAAAAUUAAUGAUUACUUCUGGGUGGCUACUGUUUUGAAGGUAAAGGGUUACAUGGGUUUGCUACGUUAUGAAGGCUUUGGAAGUGAUGAUUCAAAAGACUUUUGGGUGAACUUAUGUUGCUCAGAAGUCCAUCCUGUGGGAUGGUGUGCAACUAGGGGAAAACCUCUCAUACCGCCCAGGAGCAUAGAAGAUAAAUAUACUGAUUGGAAAAAGUUUCUAGUUAAACAGUUGACUGGUGCUCGCACUUUGCCUGCUAACUUCUACAGUAAAUUAAAUGACAGCCUUGUAUCGAGGUUCUCCAUUGGUUCAGUGAUGGAAGUAGUGGACAAGAAUAGAAUAUCUCAAGUUAAAGUGGCGAGUGUAUGCGAAAUAGUCGGCAAGCGGUUGCAUGUGAAGUACUACGACAGCUCGCCGGAGGACAACGGCUUCUGGUGCCACGAGGACUCGCCCCUGAUCCACCCGGUGGGCUGGGCUUUCCGGAUCGGCCACCCGUUGGAUGCGCCGCAGAGCUACUGCCAGCGGGUCGCCGCCGGCCGCCUACUUCCAAACGACUCAACGCCGGACAUGUUCUACAAGUAUCCGAGCAACGAGCCGCCAUUAUUCUCCGAGGGGAUGAAGCUGGAGGCGAUAGACCCUCUCAACCUAUCGGCGGUGUGCGCGGCUACCGUGAUGCAGAUACUGAACGAGGGUUAUAUGAUGAUAAGGAUCGACUGCUACCCGGCGGACGCGUCGGGCGCCGACUGGUUCUGCUACCACCAGCGCUCGCCGUGCAUAUUCCCUGUGGGGUUCGCGCUGGCGAACAACAUACCGCUAGUACCUCCUGCCGGGUUCACGGUGGAGGAGUUCGGCUGGGAGCAGUACCUGUGCGGCAGCGGUGCGGCGGCGGCGGGGCGGGCGCUGUUCGCGGCCCGCGGCCACGUGGUCUCGCACGGCUUCGUGGCCGGCAUGCGGCUCGAGUGCGCCGACCUGAUGGACCCGCGCCUCGUGUGCGUCGCCACCGUGGCCAGGGUUGUCGCCGACCUGCUCAAGGUGCACUUCGACGGCUGGGGCUCCGAGUACGACCAGUGGCUGUGGGCGCACAGCACGGACGUGUACCCGGUGGGGUGGUGCCGCGCGGUCGGCCACCGGCUCGAGGGGCCGCUGCAGGCGCAGAGGCGCGCGCCGCCGCGGCCAGCGCGGCCCCCGCGCGCCCCCCGCCAGCACCGCCGCCGCAGGAAACAGGUUAGCAAAACGGCAGCCCAGACUCCAAACACAAAUGAGGAGAGCUCACAAAAUUCAGAUAUGGGUGAAACCAAGAGUCUGUCACCGCCUACGAGCGUGUCGGAGGUUUCUGCCGAGACAGAAUCCAAAGCUGAAGAUAAUGUUCCGAAUAUGGAUGAAGUUAGCAAGAUGGAAGUUGAUCUAGAGCUCAAUGAAACCCUUGAAGAAAGCAACGAAAGGCUUAGUGAGCCAAACUUGGAUGUCAUUAGUAUGCAAACUGAGGCGUCUCAAGAUUCCAGUCAGAACACUACCCAAUCAGAAGAGGCACCAAUGGAGGGUGAAGAAGACAAAGUGAUACCCAGACUAGUCAAUACAACAGUGCCGUUAGAAGUUCUGAACUCAGUGGACCCCGAGAAUUGGACCACGUCCGAUGUCUCCAAGUUCCUCACCGUGAAUGACUGCCAGCCCUACUGCGUCAACUUCGCACACAUCACUGGACCAAUGAUGCUGCAAUUAUCCAAAGAUGAGAUCAUUGAGUUGUUAGAGAUGAAAGUGGGUCCGUCUUUGAAAAUAUUUGACUUAAUACAACAACUGAAGUGUAAAAUAAAACAACCCCAGUGCAGAAUGCUGUCUAGUUUUAAG